AUGCUGUCAAGAUGCCCUAAAGCGCGGCAAGUAGAGCAACAUCUGUGGAUGGAGGUUGCCGCCGACUUAUCUGUCUUGGACUUGGAGCUGCAUCUCACAACUUUGGGCCAUGUCUAUGGAGCAUUAGUCUUCUUUCUCCUCAAGAUGCAUCGGAUUCGUACUGCCGUACAUACCCUUAAGCUCAGGGUUGCCAAACUCGACCCGGAGACGACACCCACGGAGGAAGAGGAAUGCGGAGAGUGUUGUAACUGCGCGCCUACCAAUAACUGGACAAGCAAAGUUGUCUCCUUGACAGAGCUUGCAGAAGUGGAAAUCGACGGUUUCCAAGGAGACGACCACAAGUUUGAUGUCCUGAAACAUCUACUUAGAUGUGCCCCCAUGCUUAAAAGGAUGACCCUAAAGCAGUCACACAAGGUCGCCCCAAGUGACGCAAAAGUUCAUAACUUCUUCAAGGCACAUCCUUUCGUGGAAUGCUACUACAUUUCAUCUUCUGCCACUGCACCUAUGGCUUGCUAG